UAAUUAAAAAUAACAAACAGAUUAUUGCAUUUAAUCCGUGAUUUCGUUUGUUUUAUUUGAAAUAAUAAUUGAAAAGGUUUAGUAAGAUGGCGGAUAUAUCACAUGAACUCGGAGCCCUACGUUAUGUAGUGGACUCGUCGCUCUCCUCUAAGGUAGCCAUGUUCAACAAUCAGGUGCAACAGCACAAACAGGCGCAACUAUUGAAUCCUUUCUCACAAACAGAUGGUAGAGCUUCACCUAGGCCAACUUUCUCAAAAGAAGAAUACGGCAAACCUUUAGCUGGUAGCUUAACUGAAAUGCGUGGUCAUAAGGCCAACAUACACGUGUUGAAAGAGAUGCUGGAAUUGUGCCAGAUUAUUAGUUCAGAAGGUUACCCGGUACAGGAUGAUGCCGGCAUGCGGGUCAUACCUUUUGGCGAGUUAUUUAACAUCUAUAAUUAUAUAUCGGAUAAGGUAGUGGGCAUAUUGUUGAGAGCACGCAAACAUAAACUGGUCGAUUUUGAAGGCGAAAUGUUAUAUCAACGACGUGACGAUGACGUUCCCAUAUUCCUUUUGAGACCUAUUGCCGUAAUACGUAAGGAAUUAGAAGAGAAAAUGGAAAAUAUUAAAAGAGCUGCUAGUCCGGCCCCUCAAGCUACUACGGUACUCAUGGAUCGUCGUGCCCAUGGUUUAGAUGUACCCCGUGGAGCUACACCAGUUUCUCGUACGCCUUCACCUUCACCUAGUCGUAGCGGUAAAAACAGUCGUCGAUCCUCUCCACGUUCGUCUAAGGCCUCAUCACCGGUUCCGGAUAGUCCGAUUAAGUCACCACAAACUUCAAAAGCCACUUCACCAGCUCGUGAUAUAGUCGUUGAUACCAAGCCCCCCUUGCCACUCUCACCGCAAAUCGAUCUAUUAAAGGCAAUAAAUAAUGCGAAAAAUGAGAAGAACAUUUCAGAGCCCUCAUCACCUCAAUUGCACGAUAAUGUUACAACAGAUCCCAAUAAUCAACUGGAAAUUCAAUUAAAUCUGCCCGAAACCCCAACACCAAAUACUGAAACAUCUGAAGCUGUUAUCAAAACCGAUUUAAAUAACAAUAUCAAUAAUAAUAGCAGUUUGGAGGUACCUACUAUAGUUAUAGAAAAUACAGCGACACCUGCCAACUUAGACGAUAACCCACUGUCAACACUUGAUGAAAAUUGAAAAACUCUGUUCAAAAAUUAUAGAAAAAUGUUCUUUUCUAUUCUGAAAUUUCAAAUACAACAACUCUUCGAAUAAUCAUUCUCCAUAUUGCUCUUCUCUUAGUUACAGUAUUAAAAACUUCUAAAUUAACUCU